GUCCAGCGCUCCCCCCGUAGAGUUCCCAGGUUUGCUUUCUUCCGCUCUUAUCAUUUCCCCUGCUUUCCCUGUGAUUUCCCCGUGUUUGGUUUCCGAGAAACUAGACGAUAAUGAAGGCAAACUCACUUCUCCCCUUGUUCUGAGUUUUGGGUUUCCUCUGGGAAUUUUCAGUACCUUGAAACCUGUACUCUACUGACAGAAAGAACUAAACUUUAACAUAGUAAUCCAUUUUCAUUAAUGCUCUUAUACUGUAGGAUUCUCGCUGAGUCAAAUGAAUAGCUUUUUUUCAGCAGAAGAAUUAGAGCAUGAAUUAAGUCCAGGGUUUAGGGUUUUGAGCACCACUUGUUGUCCUGAUUCUUCCCCUGUUUCAGUUUUGGAAUAUUGACCUGUAUUUUAGGAGCUUUUAUUGGGAAUCUGGAAACUGGAAUCGCAGCUUAUUUGCUUUUUUUGCGUGAACCAUUGAAUCUCUAUAUGCUUUCUGUUACCGCAUAUUUUUGCUUCUACUAUCUGAGUUGUUUUUUUCUUAACAGUGAGUUAAGUGGAUCAGACUUAGUUGCUCAGUAUAUCUACUUGUUCAAGCCGCAGAAAGCAUAUCUUUGAACAAACUUAACGUAGAAGACGGGGCUUUUUGGUGAACUUAGUAUUACAACUUGAAGGAAGGAGUAGUAGUCUUCUCCCAUGAAUUCCAUCACACUACACUCCUCACUGGUUCUCCAGCCACCUUCAUUCUUCUUCUCUUGCCGUAGCCAACUAAAACCUCUAUCCAUUCUCUCUUCAACUGAGAUCCGCCGUUUCCAUGCCAUCCCUCGGCUGUCCAUCUCGCCUUCAUCGACUCCUAAGACCCCCUUUCUCUGUUGUCAUUCAUCAUCAAUCGGUGCAGCAAUUCCUUCUGAGGAAGGAGCCAUACCCGUGCUGACCUUCGAAGAUUUCGUCGAGAAAGACUGGUCCUUUCUCGAUUCAGAAGAUGUACAUCAAAACAACACCCGGAUAAUCUCUGCAGGGGGAAUCACCGAGACGUCAAAGGUUUUGGUUUCGAUGAGUUCGGAAGAAUUUGUGGAUCAACUGGUUGAUACAUCCCCUUGUGGUUUUCUGCUUCUUGUCCAUGAAUCACUCUUCACAUUGGCUCUUGUGAAAGAGAAGUAUGACGACAGGGUGAAAUGCUGGCAAGGGGAACUGAUACAUCUUCCAGACAAAUGGGCUUCCCUCGAUGUUGUCUUCCUCUAUUUCUUGCCAGCAUUGCCGUCUAAGCUUGAGCAAGUUCUUGGGAAACUUGCCCGACAUUGCUCACCUGGUGCGAGAGUGGUGAUUAGCCAUCCACAAGGGAGGGAAAAGCUGGAGCAGCAAAGGGGAGAGUAUCAAGAGCUUAUAGUUUCAGAGCUGCCCGAUGAGAUGUCUUUGCAGAAGGCUGCAGCUCUGCAAUCGUUCGAGGUUGUGGAGUUUGUGGAUGAGCCAGGGUUCUAUCUUGCUGUUCUGCAAUUUGCUGGCUCGACGGAGUCAUAGCUGCAAAGUGCAGUAGCUUUGUUGUAUUCUUUCUCUUUUUCUUAGUUUCCCUCACUGAUUUCAGUGUGAUGUUGGUUUAGCGAGUGGAAAUGAUCCCAUAUUUGUUGUCAAUACUAAAUUUUGAUCCAUAUUUUGGAUGGUUUAAUAGUUAAUACCAAGGAUAAAGCAUCAUUUUCAAC